AUGGAACGAUUGUACUACGAUCCCGAAGAUCCGGCAUCAUACGGUGGCGUCACACCUCUAGUGCGAGCGAUUCGUGACGGGAUUGAGAAGAAAAACAAUAACAAGGAAAAGAAGAGGAAGAAGAAGAAGACAACACGAAAAGUGGUGUUGGACUGGUUACGAACACAAGACACUUACACAUUGCACAAGCCGGUGCGUAAACGAUUCGCACGCAACCGUUACGUUGUAUUCGGUCCGGACGAAUUGUGGCAAGCAGAUUUGAAUGACAUGCGCGGUCUGAGUGCGUUCAACGACGGAAUCAAUUAUCUGUUGACGGCGAUAGACGUGUUCAGUAAAAGAUUGUACGUGGUGCCGUUGAAAACUAAGAGCGGCGCAGAAGUGGCCAACGCGUUCGAGAACAUAUUUAAAAAAAACACCGUCACACCUCCGAGAUGUCUGCAGACGGACAAGGGUACGGAAUUCACCGGCGCCAAGGUGAAACAAUUGUUCAGAAAAUACAAUGUCAGAUACGUCACGACACAGAACCCCGACGUGAAAUCGGCGGUCGUUGAACGUGUCAAUCGCACUUUGAAAUCACGCAUGUGGCGCUAUCUCACUGCACACAGAAGUUUGGGCACUGACGGUGGCAGAGGCUUACGGCCGAUAGACGUGAAGAAAGAAGAUAAGAGAAUCGUUUAUAGAGUGUGGAAGAACAUGUACAGCAGUGGCAGUGGCAGCGGCAGCGGCAUCAAGACUAAAUUGCCUAAGCGUAGAAAGGCGAAAUUCAUAGCGGGUGACACGGUGCGCAUCGCUAAGGAAAAAGGUACGUUCACCAAAGGAUACGAGACGAACUGGAGUAAAGAAGUGUUUGUCGUGGACCGCGAAUACGGCCAUCAUCCGUUGCCGUUGUACUUGUUGCGUGAUUUGAAUGGAUCACCAUUGAUCGGUCGUUUCUACGAAGAAGAAUUGCAGAAGAUCACUCUGCCACCGGACCGUCUGUACGAAAUCGAUAAAAUACUUGACACCAAAGGUGUCGGUCGCAGUAAGCGUUACCUCGUCAAGUGGAUAGGUUACGGUAACGAGUUUAACUCUUGGAUACCGGCGUCGGAAGUUAAACAAUUAUAA